GACACCAUACGUAAAAAAAAACUGAUUUCGUAAUAAAUUUCAGAAGUUACAUAUCAUCGGAAAAGAUUUGGAAAGAUGACAUAAAAGACUAUUGCGGACAGAAAAACCAUUUGUUAGUCUGAAUUUGAGUAUAUUUCACUGCAGAGCCACCUAUUCUUGACAAUGGCGUACAAUUGUAUUCGCCUGAGAGGGGCUGUAGAGAGAAUUCUGAGCAGAAGUUUGGGACAAAGUGUUCGGGUGAAUCAGAUUCAUCUACACAGCACCAAUGCAGACAUGUCUACCUCUUGGAAGCUAUCUAGCCUCAUCACCAGACUGAGGUUAGCUGCAAAGCCACCAAAGGGGUUCGAAAAGUUCUUUCCAGAAGGCAAACAAGGAGCUAAGAAACCCAAAGUUGCAAAAGAAACAUCGGAGUCUUCCAAAUCAGCACCUAAACGGAGCAGCGGCAAACAAGAAUCGGAAAACAAUAAGAACUUUGGGGAAGAUCUAUGGAAGAGCCUUAUGGCCCAAGGGAAGACGGGCGGAGCAGGAGGGGGCCCUGGAGGCAGACCACCCAUCGACGAGAAGAACAGACAGCAGCUGAUGUUCAGUAUAGCCGUCACCAUAGGGGGCGCUAUAGCAGCGGGCUAUGUCCUGAUGGGAGGUUCAGCAGUGGAGAUCACUUACAAGGAGUUCCUGAAUGAAUACUUGGCGGCAGGACAGGUUGAAAGAGUAGAAGUUGUCAACAAGAAGUUUGUCAGAGUGUGGCUCAAGACUGGUCACUCCAAAGGGAGGUAUGUGUGGUUCAACAUCGGCAGUGUGGACACUUUCGAGAGGAACCUAGAGCAGGCUCAGGGCAACCUCGGUAUGGAACCUCAGAACUUCCUCUCUGUCGUCUAUAGUUCAGAGAGUGAUGGGUCAUUUUUGAUGAGUCUGAUCCCCACUGCCCUGAUGAUUGGUUUCUUCCUGUAUCUCUUCCGGAACAACCCCGCCACCGGAGGGCGGGCUGGUAGGGGCAAGGGCGGUAUCUUUGGGUUUGGAGAGUCAACGGCAAAGAUCCUCAAAGAAGACGUAGGAGUCCGAUUCAAGGAUGUUGCUGGAUGUGAGGAGGCUAAAGUGGAAAUUAUGGAGUUUGUAAACUUCCUCAAGAACCCUCAGAAAUAUGCAGAACUUGGAGCCAAGAUCCCAAAAGGUGCUAUCUUAUCUGGACCACCGGGAACAGGUAAAACCCUGUUGGCCAAGGCGACGGCAGGGGAAGCUAACGUGCCUUUCAUCACAGUCAAUGGUUCUGAGUUCUUAGAGAUGUUUGUUGGUGUGGGUCCCUCAAGGGUGAGGGACAUGUUUGCUAUGGCAAGGAAAAAUGCCCCCUGUAUUCUCUUUAUGGAUGAGAUUGAUGCAGUGGGACGGAAAAGAGGAAGGAGUAACUUUGGAGGACAAAGCGAACAGGAGAAUACGUUAAAUCAACUUCUAGUAGAAAUGGAUGGUUUCAAUACCACCACCAAUGUUGUUGUCUUAGCAGGAACAAACCGUCCAGAUAUCCUAGACCCCGCCCUAAUGAGACCUGGCCGUUUUGAUAGACAGAUCUACCUCGGUGCACCGGAUAUCAAGGGGAGGGCAUCCAUUUUCAAGGUUCAUCUGAAGCCAUUGAAGACAGAAGUAAACAUGGAGGAGAUGUCAAGGAAACUAGCUGCACUCACUCCUGGUUUUACAGGAGCUGACAUAGCGAAUGUGUGCAAUGAAGCUGCAUUGAUUGCUGCUAGACACGGUUUCAAUCAGAUUGAAGCAUCACACUUUGAAGCUGCCAUUGAAAGAGUAGUAGCAGGUCUUGAAAAGAAGACGCAAGUAUUACAACCAGAAGAGAAGAAGACUGUAGCGUAUCAUGAAGCCGGUCAUGCCGUAGCAGGCUGGUUCUUAGAACACGCUGACCCUCUGCUUAAGGUUUCGAUCAUCCCACGAGGAAAAGGUCUUGGCUAUGCCCAGUACUUGCCCAAGGAACACUUCCUAUUCACCAAAGAGCAGAUGUUACACAGGAUGUGCAUGACACUAGGUGGACGUGCCUCCGAGGAAAUAUUCUUCAACAAGAUCACAACAGGUGCCCAGGACGAUCUCAAGAAAGUCACACAGAUGGCAUAUGCUCAGGUUGUUCAGUUUGGCAUGAGCGACAAGGUUGGCAACGUCUCCUUCGACAUCCCCCAACAGGGCGAGAUGGUUUUAGAGAAACCCUACAGUGAACAGACUGCUCAGAUGAUAGAUGAAGAAGUCAGGACCAUCAUCAAGGUUGCUUAUGAUUCAACCUUGGAUCUCCUGAAGAAGAAUAAAGAGAAUGUAGAGAAGGUUGCAUUGAGACUGCUAGACCGAGAAGUCCUUAACAAGGAUGACAUGGUGGAACUAUUGGGCAAGCGGCCUUUCGCAGAAAGGACAACGUACGAAGAGUUCGUAGAGGGAACAGGCAGUUUUGAAGAGGACACCAGCCUUCCCAAAGGACUUGAGGGUUGGAAUGAGGAGAGUGAGAAGAAAAAGGGACUCAAGGAUGAUAAGAACUUGGAUGUGAAUGCAUAGUAUAUUCUGAAAGGCAGUGGCCAUCUUUCUGGUCACCAAAGACAAUAAGUACAUUUGAGACGGAGUGAGAUGAGAAAGUUUUAUUGGGAAGAGCUGAAGCAUGAAGCAGAAGUGGGUUCCUUGGACAUCAUCUGAGGGCAUCAGAUGGAGCUCUCGUACUUGGACCUGUAGACAUAGUUACCAGUACCACCGAUUAGUGGAUUUCAUGAUCCAGGUGUUGGUCAGGUUGGCAAGUACCAAAGAUGGGAUCAUCAGAUUAUUGGUCGAAUUUCUUCAGAAUGUUCAAGAGACAUUUCUCGAUUUCCAGAAAAUAGAUGUGUUGCGCAUCAUUCCCUUCCGUCAGGAAGUGUUUGAUGGGUCUGAAGUUCAAGCUUUUCUUCUGUCCAGUAGAGCAAUGAAAUAAUGGAACUUGUUUGAAAACACAAAACCACGCAUCUGGCAAUGUUUUAUAAAUCUAUAUGAUUCAAAACAAACAGAUAUUGAUCUCAAAUUAUGUGGUCAGAAUAUAGGAAUUGAGUUUAAUCUCAAUUCGAGUUUGAUUUGAAUCUAUUGCAAUUCUUUGUAAGACAGUUCCCUGGGUCCCUGAUGCAGAAAUGUUUGCACUGAAUCGCAAUAAGGCAAUGGAUAAGCCAGUGGCCCACCUUGCAAAGGAAUAUGAUAGAUACAAAUAAAUCUCUUUCUGACAUUGAUCUCAACUUGUAUCCUUCUGAGAUACAGAAGUGAGACAUUAUCAAUUUGGGUUUGAUAAAUCAAUCGCAGUUCUCUGUAAGACAAGGCCCAGAUCAUAUUUGUAGGUACAGCCCAUAAUUAACCAGUCCUAAUCAUCAGUCUCGAAUCUGCAGUUGAUCACUUAUCUUUGUGAUACAGGGCACUGGAGUCCCAUUCAACCUGAAUAGCAUACUUUGUUCCAGAAAAUUAAAGACUCCUGAAGCUCACCUUGAGCAUUUUCCCUCUGGUCAGAACAUCCUGCAUUAGGUCAGGUAGUAUCUGAUUUUUGUCAUAACAGGGCAUGUUUUUUCAGGUUGUUAUCCGCAUGGAAUUACACUCUUAUUAUAUCAUUCAUUGCUAUUUCAAUAUCUUGUUUCUCUGUGAAGAAAUUUUGUAUUUCUAAAUGCUCUUUUGUUGGUUGCAUAUUUAGAACCGGCUACAAUGAAUAUGUGAAAGAAGAAACCACACAAUUAUAUGCGUUGUCUCUGGGCAAUUCCAUAAAAUAUGUAUGUCCGUCCCCCUAUAUGUGGGACCUUCAUGAAAUUUUCUGUCUCUGAUUUCUUGACCAUGGCUUGGUCAGUUUAUGAAGUGAAGUAAGACUUGAGGAAAAAUGGGGUCCGACAUACGAAAAGGUUGGUUAUGGAAUUGCCCCUCUAUCAAUUUUCCAAAAUGGUCAUUUUUUUGUCUUCUCUUGAUCAACCUUAAACAGGAGUAAAAUUGAACAAAGGCCAUGGCAUUUGAUGCCCUUCUCAUUGGCUGAGUACAUUUUUGUGGCCUUUAAUAAUUUUAACCUAUGACUUGCUCUUAUAUGGAAAUGUGCCCUGUAGAAAAUUGGUCAUGCCCUAAAAGUAUUAAAAAUAUAACAAAAUUUUGGCCUGUGUAAACAACAUGCCCCAUGUAGCACCACUAUAUGACUAUAUGUACAGUAUGGGGUGCCAUUUGUCUACCCCUCCUCAAGCGUUCAACAUUUACCGACAUUAAACUUUAAAAUAGCUUAUUUCAUGAGAUGCACCUUCAAGCAAAGUUUUACGAAAAUUUAUUGUAGUAUUCAGAUACUAGUAGACAACAUAAAAUUAUUGUUUUUGAGGCAGUAUUCAUAGUCUUUCAUGACAAAUGUAAAAUUCAAGAGUGGAUGUUGUGGAGAAAUUUCAUUCUCUUAUUUAUUUUUCAAUUACAUAGAGCUGAAGGUCGAAAGCUUACCCAUAAGUCAAAGUAGUUAUGACCAACAGACAUGAAUAUUCUGAAUGAGACAAUUGUAAUUAUGUAUUGAAGGUAUUAUUGAGAGAUUGAUAAUAAAGAGAUGAAAUGA